AUGGGCAUCCGAACUGGAGCUGUGCUUUGCUUCGCGUGUCUUCUGGCGGCGGCGCAAGAUGACAUCUCUGUGGUGGUGAGCCGCGAUGUCUUUGACAAGCAGUUCCGAGGACAGAGCUUUGACACCUGGGGGGACUUUGUGGAGGCAGCCGGUGAGCAGAACAACCCAGGGGGCGAGGCGAGACUGAAGGCAGGCUUCGCCAUGCUCUUCGCUGCCUUGGCCACGGUCACGGUGGGCCUUGUGUCCACCUUCGUGCUGAAGAACGAGGUGUGCGCUCCUUUCCACUAUUGGCUGGUCUUCCUUAUCCUCAUGGGCUACGCAGCCGCGGUCUUUGCCUUCUGCAUCCGGUACUUCGAUGACCCAGCCUAUCGCGUGGUGACGAACCUCCUGUUCGGCCUAGUGCCUUGGAACGUGAGCGUCGCCUGCUACCUCUUGGUCUUCCUGCUCUUCGAUUGCGUCAGGGGCACGGGCGGCCGUCCCGAGGGCGCCGACACGACUGGGCAAGGCCCUCGCUCGGCGGCGCAGGAAGCAGAGGAUCCGGCCACCUCCAGCUUUUUGUUGCGGUUCCUGGGGAUGCUGGCCGUGCUGCCCUCGCUUGGAAUUUGUCUCUUCCUGACCAAGUCCUAUGCCACGGGGUUUACAGGCGUGGGCACCUUCUUCGAUGUGCUCGCCCUCUGCCUCUUUGUGGACGUGUGGCGGCUGCUGAUGCACAUGGCUUUGCUGGUGGCGCCCGAGUGGCUGUUGACCGGCAAAGUGAGGCGUGCCGACGGCGCCGAGCGGUUGCCGACGGCUUCACUCAGCCCAGCGCAGGCUGAGCCGGAGUGGCCUGCAAGGAUUCCGGGCGGCAUCAAGCUGACCUUCUACCUUUGCCCUAUGGCUUGA